AUGUCGACAACAACAAUCACGACAAAGAAAGAAAAAAAUGAAGAUCAAUUUGAACUUGAGCAACAAUUUGUUCUUCGAAUGCCACCGGGUGAACAUGCAAACCGUUUACACGAUUUAAUUGAAUGUGGCGAUGAAAAAAUUCGCGAACGUCUUUUCAUCGAUUUAAAUCCUGAAAGAAGACGUGGUCGCGUGAAAUUUGAUGAUACUGUUUUUAAAGCUACACUCUACGAUUUACCCUGUAUAACUGAAACAUACAAAACAUUUGAUCGUAAGACUUUAUAUAAAAUAGCUGAUGUUGCUCAAGUUCUUGUUUGCCGACUACCGGGUGAUCUUAGUUCGAGUGAUGAUGAUGACGACGAUGACGAAACAGGAAAACGAUCAAACACAAAUGUAACAACAAUAUCUGAUGGCGGAAAUGAGAAGAAAAAGAAAGAAAAAGACAAAGAAAAAAAAUUUCAAUGGCCACAUGGAUUAACACCACCAUUAAAAAAUGUAAGAAAACGUCGUUUUCGUAAAGUAGCUCGACAAAAAACACAAGAUCGAGAUGAAAUGGAACAAGAAGUCCGACGUUUAUUUCGAGCUGAUAAUGAAGCAAUUGAUGUCAAGUGGGAAGUAAUUGACGAUGAUCAAGAAAUAGAAGUUCAUAAACCGAUAGAUAAAGAUCCACCCGAACAUACUGAUCUAUUUGGUGGUGCUGUUAGCGAAUCGGAUGAAGAGGAAACAUCACAGAAAGAUAUGGUCGAACGUCAUCCAGCUGCGCAUUCUGUCGAUCAACGAAUGGAUUUUGAAGGUUUAUUUAGCGGUGAUAUGUGCGAAUUAAGUAAUAUGGACGCAGCAUCACAAAUGAAUCCAACUGAAGAAGACAAUACGAGUCAAUCUAACUGGCAGCAGCACGAUGACUUAAACCUCGAUGAGAAUACUGCAACUGGUGGUUUAUCACAAGAAACACGAACAAAAUUAGACGAAUGUCAAAAUGAAUUAGAUCGUUUAAAUGUCGAAAAGGCGAAUAUUAAUGCGCGAUUAACUGGAAUGAAUAAUCCAGGACUUCGAAAUCUAUUAAUAACAAAAAUGAAUUCAAUUCAAUCAGAAAUAGAACGUGCGCAAAUGGAGUACGAUCAAUUAUCAACGAUGUAA